CUAUUAACCCGGAUCUCUAAUCUCUUUUUCCUACUAUUUAUAAAUAGGCUCUUUUGUAGCCUACUUCUACUAACCUUCGUGUCCCUCUCACAAUCUCAUAAAGAUAAAACUAAAUGGCGGGAGGAAUAGGGUUGGGACUGGGAGACACGACUUACACAAAGGUGUUUGUGGGAGGGUUAGCUUGGGAGACAGACAAGGAUACGAUGAAGAAGCACUUCGAGCAGUUUGGGGAGAUCUUGGAAGCUGUUGUCAUCACCGACAAGGCUUCUGGUAGAUCCAAGGGCUACGGAUUCGUGACAUUCAAGGAAGCAGAGGCGGCGAGGAGGGCUUGUGUGGACGGUACUCCGGUGAUCGACGGGAGAAGAGCUAAUUGCAACCUUGCCUCUCUUGGUCUUCAACGAUCCAAACCCUCCACUCCUAACCAUGGAGGAGGAAGGAUUAACAAUAUGAGAGUGAUGAUGAGCACAAUGCAGACUGGUUUUGGACCACCACCCACUUUCACUCACUAUCCCCACCUCCCUCUCAAUCUCUUUGGGUACUCUCCAUACUCGUCAGAUUACUCUCCAUUCCCUACGAACUUAUACGGCGUGUACGGCUGCAACUCAGGGGGACAAUACGGACUGUAUGGAAAUGGAAAUGGUGGAGGCGGUGGACUAACCGCAGCUGCCGCAUCAGCCGCUCCUUUUUAUCCUUGCGGUGGAGGACAAGGUGGGGUCCAGUUCUCUCAACCACAGCCAUUUUAUCACCAUUUCUCUGCUUAUGACAACCCUCUUCACCAUUACUCUCCUGCCACCAUUUCUCUUCAACAAGGUGUAACAGGCUUUCCGCUUCAGCCACCUCUCAUUCCUUACCUUUGA